AUUCUUUUUUUUCUUUUCUUUUUCUUUUUCUUUUUUUUUCUCACCAUCAUUCUCUGCUUAUUCAACUAAUUCAUUAUCAUGUCUUUUAAACAAGUUUUUAUCGUUGCUGCUAAAAGAACACCCUUUGGUACGUUUGGUGGCAAGUUCAAAGAUAUUUCUGCAUCUGAAUUAGGUGGACUUGCUUCCAAAGCAGCUUUGGCUCAACUCCCUAAAGAAGUACAAGUGGAUUCAGUGAUUAUGGGAAAUGUGACACAUACUGAUAUUGCUGGACCUUAUCUUGCUCGUCAUAUUGGACAUCGUGCUGGUCUUCCCGUCCAUGUACCAGCGCUUACAGUGAAUCGUUUAUGUGGUUCGGGUCUUCAAAGUGUCGUCAAUGGAGCUCAUGAAAUCAUCUGUGGUGAUAGUGAAGUGGUAUUGGCAGGUGGUGCUGAAAACAUGUCGUUAUCACCUUAUGUAUUGUCUGGCAAAUCAAGAUGGGGUAAUAAACUUGGUGUGGAUCUUCAAUUACAAGACUCGUUGUGGGCUACAUUGACGGAUCAAUACCCUCAUCCUACACCUAUGGGCAUCACGGCAGAAAAUCUGGCGGAAAAGUAUCAAUUGACCAAAGAAGAAUGUGAUGUGUUUGCAUUGACCAGUCAGAACCGUUACGAACAAGCUGUCCAAGCUGGUAUCUUUGAUGAUGAAAUUGUAGGUGUCGAUGUCAAGGCACGCAAAGGGGUGGAACAUGUGACUAAGGAUGAACAUCCUCGACUUGGAUUGACUUUGGAGCAAGUGACCAAGAUGAAGGCUGUAUUCAAGAAGGAUGGUGUGACAUCUGCUGCCAAUGCGUCUGGCAUUAAUGAUGGUGCGGCUGCUUUGGUAUUGGCUUCAGAAGAUGCUGUGAAUAAAUAUGGUCUAUCUCCUUUGGCUCGUGUGGUUAGUUGGCAAGCAUCUGCUGUGGAACCUACUUUGAUGGGUCUUGGUCCUGUACCUGCUAUUCAAGGAGCUCUUCGUCGUGCUAAACUUGACUUGGAUCAAAUGGAUUUGGUGGAAGUCAAUGAAGCUUUUGCUGCUCAAUACAUUGCUGUGGAAAAGGAAUUAGGCCUUGAUCGUGAAAAGACAAAUGUGAAUGGUGGUGCUAUUGCUUUAGGUCAUCCUCUUGGUGCUUCUGGUGCUCGUAUUUUGACUCAUUUGAGUCAUGCUCUUCAACGUACAAAGAAUAAAUAUGCCGUUGGCUCAGCUUGUAUUGGCGGUGGACAGGGUGUUGCUGUCAUCUUAGAACGCGUGUAGAAAAGAAAUAGAAUAUAGAAUAGUAGCAUUAGCUUAUGAUCAAUAAAGUUACUUACUUAGGCGUCGUACAUUAAAAUAUAAAUUCUAAAUGAG